UGUCUUUUUCUCUCUCACAGCCCACUCCACUAACAGAGACCUUCUAUGCCCUCUCCGUUGGAGCCGUGUCAAAAUUCACCAAAAAAUGAUAACAAAUAAAAAAUAAAGAAGAAGGAGAUUUCAGCAUUGAAUGCAAAGGAAUGGGCACAAAAAUAUAAUUUCCAUCUUCUAACUGUUCAUGCAAAGCUGUACACACAGAUUUACAUUGUCCAACAAUGACUUACCACUUUCCGUUUAUGUAUAUAUACAUGGUUAUACACUUUGUAGACAAGCUGGAUUUGUGGCACAGACUUCCAGUUUUACUGGGACUAGCCUACUUGGGGAUUAGGAGGCAUUUGCAUCAGCGUUAUAAUCUUUUGCAUGCCGGAAAAUUCACCGGAAAUAAAUACGAUACAGAAGAGAUUUCUUAUCGGACCGCUGAUGGAACUUGCAACCACCCUACUGAUAAUCUGAUCGGCAGUCAGGGAACUCUAUUCGGUCGGAACAUGCCUCCAUCCACUUCUCGGUAUGGGCUACUGGAGCCUCACCCAACAAUUGUAGUCUCAAAGCUUUUGGCAAGGAAGAAGUUCAUAGAUUGUGGGAAGCAAUUCAACAUGAUAGCCUGCUCAUGGAUACAGUUCAUGAUUCAUGACUGGGUUGAUCAUUUGGAGGAUACUGAACAGGUGGAAAUUAAAGCUGCUGAAGAAGUUGCUAGUGGUUGUCCAUUGAAGUCAUUCAAGUUCUUAAAGACAAAGAAAGUUCCCACUGGUUCAGCCCAUAUGAACACUGGAUGUUUGAAUUCAAGGACUCCUUGGUGGGAUGGAAGUGUAAUCUAUGGGAAUAAUGAGGAGGGCAUGAGAAGAGUGAGAACAUUCAAAGAUGGAAAGCUGAAGAUCUCAGAAGACAAUCUUCUUGAACAUGAUGAAAAGGGUAUUCCAAUCUCAGGUGAUGUAAGGAACUGCUGGGCUGGAUUUUCUCUUCUACAAGCCUUAUUUGCCAGAGAACACAAUGCUGUUUGUGACAUGCUAAAAGCAAAUUAUCCAGAUUUGGGUGAUGAAAAGCUAUAUAGACAUGCAAGACUGGUGACUUCAGCUGUAAUUGCUAAAAUCCACACCAUUGAUUGGACAGUGGAGCUUCUAAAGACUGAUACUCUUCUAGCAGGGAUGAGGAUCAACUGGUAUGGAUUCUUGGGGAAGAGAUUCAAGGAUAUGUUUGGACAUAUUUGUGGACCAAUAUUCAGUGGUUUGGUUGGAAAUAAGAAGCCUAGAGACCAUGGAGUUCCUUAUUCAUUAACUGAAGAGUUUGUGAGUGUAUAUAGAAUGCAUUCACUUCUACCUGAUAAACUCAUCCUCAAGGACGUCAAAUCUACACCUUCAGAAGACAAAUGCCCUCCAACACUUGAAGAGGUGCCUAUGAGGGAGAUGAUAGGUAAAGAAGGAGAGAGAAGAUUGUCAAAAAUUGGAAUGGAGCAAAUGUUGGUAUCAAUGGGUCAUCAACCAACUGGAGCUCUCACAUUAUGGAACUAUCCAUCAUGGAUGAGGAACCUUAUUGCUCAUGAUAUCAAUGGAGAAGAAAGACCUGAUCCAAUUGACAUGGCUGCCUUAGAAAUUUAUAGAGAUAGAGAGAGAGGAGUUGCGAGGUAUAACGAAUUCAGAAGAAACCUGCUAAUGAUUCCUAUUAGCAAGUGGGAAGACUUGACAGAUGAUGAAGAAGUUGUUGAAGCUCUUCGAGAGGUUUAUGGAGAUGAUGUGGAGAAGCUUGAUUUGCAAGUUGGUCUACAUGCAGAGAAGAAGAUAAAAGGCUUUGCCAUUAGUGAGACUGCUUUCUUCAUCUUCCUACUUAUCGCAUCAAGGAGGCUAGAAGCUGAUCGAUUCUUCACAACCAACUUCAACUCCAAAACCUACACAGAGAAAGGACUUGAAUGGGUAAACAAGACCGAGACAUUGAAGGAUGUGAUUGAUAGGCAUUUUCCUGAAAUGACAAAGAAGUGGAUGAGGAGCUCUAGUGCAUUCUCAGUCUGGGAUUCAUUGCCAACUCCUACAAAUUACAUACCUCUUUAUUUCCGCCCUGCUCCUUGAAAUUUUUUUAUAUGAACUUUUAGUGAGGAAAUCUAAUCAUAUAUAUAUAUAUAUGUCUUUUUUUCCUCCACAUCAAGAAAACAGAUUGUUUGGACUGAGAAGCUCCCUCCAGUCUGUAUAGAAAUUAAGAAUACAAGUUCAUAUGAUCAAAAUCUCAUAUGCAAUGCCAAUUUACGAGUUUUAAUGUAAGAUAAUGUAUAUAUGUUUUUUAAUGAAUGAGAUUUGGCUGUGGAAUACAUCAGCAUUCAGCACAA